AUGGAUUCUCAUCCAUAUAGGCAAACGCCAAAGUUUGUUGAACUGCUUACCAGUCAACAAAACAUUGUCUUUGGUUUGUCUGAAGAUAGUCUCAACCUAUCUUCAUCACAAGUCCCUCUUUUUGGCUCCCAACCGAGUGAAGAUUCCAACUUUGGCGACAGCACUCCUGCAGGGCGUCGAGAAAGGAGGAAAUGGACGCCAGGAGAUGACGUUCUGCUCAUCAGCUCGUGGCUUAAUACAAGCAAAGACCCUGUGGUCUCGAAUGAGAAAAAAUCCGGGGCUUUCUGGAAAAGGGUCGCAGCAUACUUCGCCGCAAGCCCCAAGGUACAAGGCUAUGAAGUCAGAGAGGCGACCCAGUGCAAGAACCAUUGGCAGAAGAUCAAUGAUCUAGUCAACAAGUUUUCUCAUGAGAUAUUCUUCAACAACCACCAAAACAAAUUCAACCUUGAGCAUGCUUGGAAGGAGCUUCGAAACGAUCAGAAAUGGUGUGAGCUUUAUACUUGCAAAGCCGGUGGAAGCGGAAAGAGGAGGAAGCUUGAUGAUGGUGCGCAUUCCUCAACCUCUCAUGCGUUUGAAACCAUGAAUGAUGAAGCUGAUGAAGUAGCCACUCGUCCCCCGGGUGUCAAGGCAUCAAAGGGGCUUGCUAAGAAUAAGGCAGAGACUGAGUAUCAGAGGAUGUGGAACAUCAAGAAGGAGGAUAUGACUAUGAGGGACAGGCUUUUGAAGAUGAAGCUGCUGGAUAACCUAUUGGCAAAAACAGAACCGUUAGCUGAGGAUGAGGCAGCACUGAAGUCGAAGCUCAUAACUGAAUUGCUGUCUUAA